UGGAGCCGAGAGGGUCAGGGGGAGGAGAGGCUUGGGAGUGGAGCGAGAAGACGACAGGAGGAGACCCACGGGGUGACCACUGUGCACGGACCAUUCCCAGGCAGGCUGCACGCUCCUCCGCCCAGACACUUUACAUCAAACCGCAUUGUCCACUGCGCUCCCUUCGGCCAAUCGGAAAAACAACAUGAUCACGGACGCAGCAGAGGUCCUGGAUUCAGGCCUGGCAGGAGACAGGGCUGGUCCCCUUCGGCCCCUCGUGUGAGCACUGUGGACAUCUGGAGCUGCUCCCGCCCCCUCUCCACGCUGCUGUCCUGCGGUGUGGCCUCACAAUCCUCCAGACUAUAAACUCUACCCGCUGGGAUAAAUGAGUGAGCCGAGCGGAAGGACCAGGUCUGGGACAUGUACCAGAACCAAAACAGAAUGUCCUGGUUCAGUGGAUUCCUAGUUGCCAGAGUUGAUGAUCGGAAAACAGCGUGGGGGGAGCGCAAUGGCAAGAAGUCCAAACGGAAGGGAGGCUCGUCUCUCUGCAACCCGCGUUACAUGAGCUGUCUGCGGGACCCCGAUGCCAUGGAGCCCCCUUCUACUGCCCCCCUCCACCAGCCCCACCACCGGGGAGGGGGGGCAGGCGCCAUGGGAGGGGGCAACUUUGGCGUCCGCUGCGGCUGGCAAGAGGACCACUAUGGCAAAAGAUCCGGCGAAGGAGUGGGCUUAAAAUCGGUGGACUUAGGCUUCGAAGAUGGAGAUUUGAAAGGGCGAAAAAGUGGCGAAACUAGCGAUGAUGGAGCGAACGGAGGCGGUAUAGUUACGGCUGCAGACUGCUGGUUACGAGUGGUCCGCGUUUUUCAAUCCAAAAAGUUCCAAUCUCGGAAAUUAGAACGACUUUACCAGCGCUACUUUUUCAGACUCAACCAGAGCUCCUUGACAAUGCUUAUGGGUGUUUUGGUGAUCGUGUGCGGAAUCAUGCUAACCUUCCACUGUGUUCACGCCCCUCCCCACGUGGCCUAUUCGUCGGCGUUGUCUGUGGCGAUGGCGCUUUUCUUGGCGCUAAUGAUCGUGUGUAACCGCAACGGAUUUCACCAGGACUACAUGUGGAUGGUCAGUUACUUGGUUAUAGGCGUACUGGUGCUAGUGCAGGUUUUUGGUGUCCUCAUGGUGGCGCCAAGGAGUGCGUCGGAGGGCAUUUGGUGGUCAGUGUUUUUUAUCUACAUCAUCUACACUCUGCUGCCUGUGCGGAUGAGAGCGGCGGUCCUGAGCGGGGCGGUGCUAUCCGUCAUUCAUGUGGUCAGCACCUGGCAAAUCAACCAGGAAGACAAGUUCCUCUGGAAACAGGUGAGCGCUAACGUUCUGAUCUUCCUGUGCACAAACAUCAUUGGGAUCUGCACUCACUACCCGGCUGAAGUGUCCCAGAGACAGGCCUUUCAGGAGACCAGAGGAUACAUUCAGGCGAGGCUACAUCUGCAGAGGGAGAAUCAGCAACAGGAACGGCUGCUGCUCUCUGUGUUGCCUAGGCACGUUGCCAUGGAGAUGAAGGCUGACAUCAAUGCCAAGAAGGAAGACAUGAUGUUCCAUAAGAUCUAUAUCCAGAAGCACGACAACGUCAGUAUCCUGUUUGCAGACAUCGAGGGCUUCACCAGUCUGGCCUCUCAGUGCACGGCUCAGGAGCUCGUAAUGACACUCAACGAACUCUUCGCCCGAUUUGACAAACUGGCAUCAGAGAACCAUUGUCUGCGCAUUAAAAUCUUGGGUGAUUGUUAUUACUGUGUGUCUGGUUUACCUGAGCCUCGGGCUGACCACGCCCACUGUUGUGUGGAGAUGGGCGUCGACAUGAUAGAGGCCAUCUCGCUUGUCCGUGAGGUGACGGGGGUAAACGUGAACAUGCGUGUGGGCAUUCACAGUGGCCGGGUGCACUGUGGGGUACUGGGGCUCAGGAAGUGGCAGUUUGACGUGUGGUCCAAUGACGUGACUCUGGCCAACCACAUGGAGGCAGGAGGCAAAGCUGGUCGCAUCCACAUCACCAAAGCCACGCUGCAAUAUCUGAACGGGGACUACGAGGUGGAACCAGGCUUUGGAGGAGAGAGAAAUGCCUACCUGAAAGAGAACAGCAUCGAGACCUUUCUGGUGCUUGGUUGCAGUCAGAAGCGGAAAGAGGAGAAGGCGAUGAUGGCGAAGAUGCAGCGGACGAGAGCCAACUCCAACGAGGGUCUGAUGCCGCGCUGGGUCCCAGACCGGACCUUCUCCAGGACCAAAGACUCCAAAGUCUUCAGACAGAUGGGGAUAGAUGAGACCUCCAGCAAAGACAACCGUGGUGUUCAGGAGGCUAUGAACCCAGAGGAUGAAGUGGACGAGUUUUUAGGACGGGCCAUCGAUGCUCGCAGCAUCGACCAGCUCCGAAAAGACCACGUCAAGAAGUUCCUCCUCACCUUCCAGACCUCCUCUCUGGAGAAAAAGUAUUCCAAAAAAGUGGACGACCGUUUCGGUGGAUAUGUUGCCUGUACUCUUCUAGUAUUCUGCUUUAUAUCAUUCAUACAAAUAGUCGUAUUCCCACACACCCCAGUCAUGUUGGGAAUCUAUAUCAGUAUCUUCAUCAUCCUCGCCAACAUCCUCUUCAUCUGUGCCAUAUAUUCCUGCAUUAAGCUUUUUCCGUCCCCGAUGCAGACGGUUUCUAAAAAGAUUGUCCAGUCUCGCACUAACAGCACCCUGGUGGGAGUCUUCAGCAUCCUCCUUGUUUUUAUAUCUGCCUUUGUCAAUAUGUUUGCCUGUGACACCAGAAGUUUGUCGGAGUGUGUGGCCGAGAGCCUAAACUUCUCAUUGAAAAUGGUAACGCCGUGUUUGAUCCGUAGCCUGAAUGUGUCUGCAGAGGGCGGGCUGGAAGUCUGCCCCAACCAAGGCCCCUCCUGCCCAUUCCCUGAGUAUUUCAGCUACAGUGUGCUGCUGACACUGCUGGCCUGCUCCGUCUUCCUGCAGAUCAGUAGUAUUGGGAAACUGGCUCUGAUGCUGCUCAUCCAGCUCACCUUCCUGCUGCUCAUGGAGUGGCCACAGGUGGCGCUGUUCGACAACGCAGACCUCUUUGUCACCUCCAACGCCAUUGAUUUAAAUGAAACUUUUUCUCAGUGGUCCAGUUUCAAUGAAACUACAAUCCAGUGCCCGUAUGUUGUGACCAAAGUGUCGCUGAGGGUCAUGACCCCUGUGAUCCUCACUGUGUUCGUGUUGGCGCUGUACCUCCACGCGCAGCAGGUCGAGUCCACUGCCAGGCUCGACUUUCUCUGGAAACUACAGGCCACAGAGGAGAAGGAGGAGAUGGAGGAGCUUCAGGCCUAUAAUCGCCGCCUGCUUCAUAACAUUUUGCCUAAAGAUGUGGCGGCUCACUUUCUGGCCCGAGAGCGCAGGAACGAUGAGCUGUACUAUCAGUCGUGUGAGUGCGUCGCCGUCAUGUUUGCCUCCAUCAGUAACUUCUCUGAGUUUUACGUGGAGCUGGAGGCCAACAACGAGGGGGUGGAGUGUCUGAGGCUGCUCAAUGAGAUCAUCGCUGACUUCGAUGAGAUCAUCAGUGAGGAGAAGUACCGUCAGCUGGAGAAGAUAAAGACGAUUGGCUCGACAUACAUGGCUGCGUCUGGUCUGAACGACUCCACGUACGACAGAGAGGGGCGCUCUCACAUCACUGCUCUGGCCGACUACGCCAUGAGGCUGAGGGAGCAGAUGAAGUAUAUCAAUGAGCACUCCUUCAACAACUUUCAGAUGAAGAUAGGUCUGAACAUUGGGCCUGUGGUGGCCGGAGUCAUCGGUGCUCGGAAACCUCAGUACGACAUUUGGGGAAACACAGUGAAUGUGGCCAGCCGCAUGGACAGCACAGGGGUACCUGACCGCAUACAGGUGACCACAGACCUGUACCAGGUGCUUCUGGGUAAAGGCUACGUCCUGGAGUGCCGAGGGGUCGUCAAGGUCAAAGGUAAAGGGGAGAUGACCACCUACUUCCUGAACGAUGGACCUCCAAACAGUUAGCAGUCUCUGAAACCUGCUGCAAAGACUCUCUCUGAGCUUCACUUGAAUGGAGAGGACAGUCCAACGCUAUAGACAUAAAAGUGUUCUUGACCAGACAAAGUGUUCUCUGCCACUUUUGGCCCACACACAUGAUGAAGGACACGUGUUUUUCUCAUGUCUAGCCUCUCUCUCAGGCUUCUCGAAAGAUGCAAAGUCUGUUUAUUUAAUACAACGCCUUCUAGCCUGUGUCAAAACAAGAUUUAAGCUGUACAUAAGGCUAACUUUUAUUUCGCUGUGUUAUUUUUCAGAUUUUUUUCACAUGAAUUAUAAAGAGGUACUCCUAUUUAAUUUCUCACUAUUUAUUUUAAUCUUAAUGUUUUGUGCAAAAGGUCCUUUAUGAAAAAGUGUGGGUAGAUACGUGCACAAAUAUCCAGUUACACGAUUUAAAAGUGUACGUACAUGCAUUUGUGUGUGUAUGAGUUAAUGUCAAAACUGAGAAGGAGUUUAUCGACCAAAGACUUAAAUAUUACUAAAAGCAAGGAAAGACAUGCCUGAUUUGUUGUUUUAGUCAUUUUGUGGACAGCAGACUCAGCAAUGAAGAGCUGCUAGUGAAGUUUAGCUUAUUUGCUUUUAAUAUAAUAUGAUUUCAGGUAACAUAGAGCUGUUCGCAUACAUUUUAAUUGCCUUUUAUUAAGAGACAGGUUGAGCAGUGAUUUUUGUAUUUCCAAUUUCAGGGGAAAAGUUAACAAUUUGGUCCUCCUUAUUGUAAUUUCACGCCAGAUUGGUUUUCUAAGAGCUGACUGAGCAGACAUUUAGAUAUUUUUUUUUUGUUUUUAAAUCACGUUGACUGCUUAUUCUAGUUUAAGCUAUAAAUCAAAUCAUUGUAGGAUGGGCGAUCUAGCAGUGCAACAACUGGGAUGACCUAAUAAUAAUAAUAAUAAUAAAUAAUAAUAAUAAUAAUAGACUAUAUCUAUUCAACAGUAUUCAGGAGAUUUUUAAUAAUGGCGAGAGGUAAGGUUUUUGACUACAUACUGUGCUUUGUAAUCCUGAAGGGGCAUAACUAUUUCACUGUGAGAUUUCUGAUACGACAGAACUGCUUUCUUGCCGAACAUUUCAGAGCAGAUUUUGUUAUAAGUAUUUUGUAUCACCUUCAUCCAUAUCUAUCAUUUGUGUAUGAUUAAUGUUGUUUGAUUCUACUGCUUCUGAUUAAUUAAUGAAUAUUAUACCACGCUGCGUUGUGGUGUUCUACGACUCCGUGACUUGCGUUAAAACUACGUAACGCACAGCUCCUCGUUGUUUAAUGCUUACGCAUACUUUUACACUUGCAACGAGUCCAUUCCAAUGAUAAGGAUAAAAACCAGCAUGAUUUCCAAUGUUUAAUAAUGUUAAAGUUGUUAUGGUCAAACUCACUGGUAUCAACUGAUCAAUUGCACAAUGCAGUAUUUGAGCUGGCAAUAUAUGAUGCAGUGUUUCCCAUAUUUUUCUAUGGAGACUAUGGUGUCCAAGAUAAUAAUUAUUCAAUAACUAUAUUUGUUUUAAUUCAUGAGUUUCAGUCACAUAUCUUUUCCAGUUAUGGAUGCCAUUUUCAACUUUCAUUCCUCUGAAACAUGGAUAAAAAGAAUAAAUAUGUCUUUGUUGCAUUUAUUUAAAGUUGCACUAAAUAUUUUUUUUCUGAUGAAGGGUUCUCCAUGGUGAUGCUAUUGCGGAAAUAUUCCACAGUAUGGCAUUAAACUUCUAUCUUCCAUUUAUUCAAUUCAAGUUUUUAUUGCUAAAAGACUUGCCCUGCUUGUGUCUAUAGAGAUAGUUACCUGUGCUUAAUGUCAUACUGCAAAACAUCCCAGACAAAGCAAGAAUUUCCAUGGAGACAAGCAGGUGCCAGACCCUCCCCCAGAAAAUAAAAAUUACAUAGUGCACCUUUAAGCAUUUAACAGGUCUUUUUUUUUUUUUUUAUCAUCAGUGUACUUUAUUACAAUACAAGACGCAAAGCGUAUCAUUUGUUUUACAUUUUAAUUGUCCAGCUUGUUUUUUGUUGUCAUUUUAACACCAGUAUAGUCUCUUCUAUUAAUGGGAAGCACUGAUGACGUUACAAUAAUACUUGUGAGUUGCCUUGGCUGGAGAACUCAAUGCAGAUGAUUCACUGUGCAUUUUUGUAUUUAUUUUCAGCCUCUUCAGCAGUAUUCUAAACCGCAUUCAACUUUACUUAUAUAUGGUAACUUUAUUUAAUAAUACAACCUAUUGUAGACCUGCAAAUACAUAGGCUGUGUCCCAUUUCUAUUCACUUGUCUCCUUGUCUCCUCAGUUCCGUCAUUCCUUUUCUGCCAAUUACUGAAAUUACUGCAUAAGCGUGCCAAAUGGAAAUAACUUUAGUAUUGCCAUCUCUCAUUAAUUUAACGUGACCUAGCAACCACAAUGUUUACAAAGGUGAAAACCCAUCUAAAUUCCACAAUAGUAAUUAUUUAACUAAUAAAAAUAAAUAACAACAUGGUUAAAUUCAUGUUUAAACUGCCAGACAAAUGCUUUCUUUGUGCGUAUGGCAUAGGUAGACGUAUUCCAUUUGAGAACUCACCACUACUUAUUGCAAUUUUGUAUUUUCCUUUCAACUUUUUACCUCACAAACCACCAUGUAACUGAUGUAAAUCUAUGAUGAAUAUUUACCCCAAGUAAACAAUAACUCCAAAAACAUGAAAACCUGUCAUAUGCACUUUUAGGAGGCAAGUAAACAGAAAUGGGACGCUGCCAUUCUACUAUUAAAAGUGUUUUGCCCCACUCAGUCUUUAAGCAAAUGCCAAUAGCUGAGUUCAAUUGCCUUAUGUUAUAACACUAAACAGGAUCUGUGCCUGCCUGUGCUGUCCAGACUGCUAGAUAAUAACAUUUAUGGAAAAGCUUAAGGGCUUGUCAAGAGAAGUUUUAUUCUCAAACAGUUUUGUGUUAUCUCAUUGCUCUAUAAUUGGUGACAAAUGUGAUAUGGUUUUUUGAACAUUUAACAGCAACAGUCGAUCAUGUUUUUACCAACGCAGGCUCACGUAGUUUUGUGAAAUCGGUCUAGUCUAACAUGUGCAAAAAUACCUUGAUAACAGUAAUUUUCUAUAAUAAAGGACACCAACAAACAAGCAACAAAGGAAGAGUUUCACAGCAGUAAAAAUGUGAUAGAACGGACAUGGAUUUCAAAAAUGUGCAUUCUGUAUGUAUCUAUUUCUAUUGGCUGUCCAUACACUUGUGUUGAUUGUUAACUUUGGGAUGUUUUAGGGGAACAGACAAACUACUGAUACAGUGUUUUUGCUCAGGCCUGAAAAUCCUUCUGUAUUUUCUGUUUUAUUUCUAUUUUACUGAGUUUAAGGAGUGGAAAGGGGGAACGAUUUGCAAAAAUAAAGGACAGGAAGAGGGGAGGUCUACGACAGAGAAAAAUAACAUUUCCCCUUGAAGUUAAAAAUA